GAUUGAGAGAGAUGUCAUAUUAUCGGAGGUGAUCAGCUGACUGGUGCGAGCCGUAUCCACUGAAUCUUAACAGCUGUGCGGCAGGUUGACAAGGGGCGUAGGGAGUGACUGUAGCACCCGGGUUAACCUUCAGUGCCCGUCAAUAUUUAUCGCGUGCGGGUCAAAUAUUGACUCUCAACAGGCUACCGCCAAAAAUAAAAUUUUUCCAUUUACGGGAAACGAUCUAAAUGGCCGUGGGAGAGCCUCUGGAGCACGAAUGCGUCACUGAUGACAGUCCUCAUCUGGCUCCCCUCCUCCUUCGCCCAGUGACCUGAACUGGUGGCCUUGAUACCAGCGUAGAAAGGCAGUGAAUAGUAGCACGCACAGCAAUAAACACCAAUUCAUUACUCCUCUCCCGUUUCACUCAACAAAUUGCAAACGCUUAUCUCAUAAACAAAAAAAGUCAACCGACCUCAUCACCGCUGCUUCACUAUCUGGCACAAGUGGAGCCAUAAAGUGAAUAAAUAAGCAACUAAAUAGAAAAUUAUAGUUACAUUGAGGAUUUUUAAAGUUGAAGUGACGUUCAAUGGUUGGAAUUCGCCACCAUGAUUCACGUGUUUCGUGUGAUCAAUCUCUGAACCAUGAAAAAUCGUCCGAAUCAAUCGCAAGGGGAUCAGUUCCAUCCGAGGGAUUAAUCCCCCCAGAGUCCAAGUUAUUAAUGAGUCGUGAGGAGCGAGGGGAUGCCUACGAUGACGCCUCGGUGGUGGCAUACGUGGACGACGUCGAGUUGACGGAUGUACCGGUGGCCAACUCCCUGGGGAUGAGAUCAUCGAGCUCAGGUAAUGCCCGAUUACUUCCCCUUCUGGAGACAGACAACAGAUUUAAUCCUCCGCCCACGUACGGUCCAGAGGUUGAUGACCUGGAACCAGGGGGAAAGAUCGCACCUAGUGAUGACAGGGGAAUCGAUGAUGGACUACUGCCCGAGAGGCCGUUCACCCCGAGACCCUCUAAUGGCGUCAUCCCUCCGCAGAGCCCCUUCGACGUCAACGUUUAUCAGCAGAAAAAAACACUGGCUCAGGGUAUGAUGGACCUGGCACUCAUAUCAGCUAAUGCUAAUCAACUGAGAUACGUUCUCGGGUCGAAGAACCAUCCGUUUUAUCUGCCCUCUCUGGUCAUGAUCUCUAUGAGUCUCGCUCUGCAGAUUGCCGUGGGCAUCGGACUCAUCUGGAACAGCAGAUAUGACGUCAAGGAAGACGAUCAGGUCAUCAGGGCCAACAGGGCGAAUAACUGGACUGUCAUUGGAGUAUUUCUUGUUACUAUUCUCAAUGUUUUUAUAUCGUCGUUCGGGGUCAUUGAUCCACCUGAUGUUAUCACAAUCUCCCUGAAGAACGCCAGCGAUGAUGAUGGAGGAAUCGAACCGCUCAAUCGUAUCGGGUAUUUAAACGGAUCUACUUCGUGACCCGAAUUUUUUUUUUUCGGCUGACAUACGAUUUUUGUAUUUGUGCAGUUGAAGAAAAUAGAUUAGAUUUUUUAUGAAUUAAGUAAGAAUAUUCUAAGGAAAUUGUUGAGGCCUUUUACAUCCUCACCGGUCAGUGUUAUGCGAAUAAUUUAUUAUCCACAAUAAACAUUGAGAAAUGAAUCGUCGAAUAAAUUGGGGCAAAAAAAUUACAAAGGACAGAGUCACAUAAAAAAUUGAUCAAUCUCAUUUGGUAAUUAAUUUUUUUAUUCGUAAUAAUACUUGUUGUAAUAGUAACGAUUACAUAGCAACAUGAUUCAUGGUCAUAGUUGAAGUAGAAUGAAUAAUCGUGUCGAAAUAUAAAAAAAAAACAAUUGUUUAAACAGCCAUCUGAUAAAGCUUAUCUCCAUGUACUCCAUCCUCAUAACCGUUGAACAGUGAAUUAUUAAUAUUUACGAAUGCUGUAGUUACUAUUAGACAAAUCUAUCGUUUGCUAGUUAUCGUGAUUCAUUAGCGUCGAAUAAUUCGUUGGUGAUCAUGAUUUGGAAGGGAGAGUGUCCUCCUCACGUGGAUGAUUGAUUUGAGCUAACGAUGUUUUUGUCUCGUGUUUCCAUAGUAUCGAUUCAUUCAUUCAUUCAUUCAUUCAUUCGGUUGUAAAAAAAACAUUGCGAUUAUUAUUUCGAUAAAAAAAAGGUUUAGAUGUCGGGGGUGUAAGCGGCUAGGGCAAGACUGUUUCUGAGGAUUGUGUCAGCGCCGAUUUGUUGGAUCGACGAGUUUUUGCGAAUCGUGCGGUUGUGGGGGUGGAGGUUCAGGGGUGGCAGGUUUGGGUGUUCUAUCCUCGUUGGAGAACUCACUCGGGGCCGAUAGGUCUCUCUCUGACAGCCGUAAAGCUCUGUAGACAAAAUAAAAGGUCGCUUAUUAAUUA